AUGGAUCGAAGUUGGAUAACAACAACAAAAUUGGGUGACCUAAAAUACAAAGCUGGGGUUAUGGAAUUCCUUAAAUUUGCUUUGGAAAAUAACACUGAAGGUCAUGAUAAGUUGCCUUGUCCUUGUUAUGUCUGUCAUAAUCUUAUGCAUCACAAAGCUAGUGUAAUACUGAGCCACUUGAGUAAAUGGGAAUUUGAUACAACAUAUACUUGUUGGUAUCGUCAUGGUGAAAAGAGGGGAGAAACUUCUGGUCAUCAAAACCACAAUAGUAAUGAGGGUGAUAGAAUGGCGGAUACUAAUGAAGGUGAUAGAAGGGAGGACAUGAGGUAUCAAUUUCAGGAAGGAGUUGAUGAGGAUCCUGAAGUGAUAGAACAACUAUUGACUGAUUCUGAGAAGCCUUUAUACGAAAAUAGUGAGCACACACAAUUAUCAGCUAUAGUUAAGCUUUACAAUGUGAAGGUGGGUUAUGGUGUGACAGAUCAAUGUUUUACGGCGUUUCUCAAGGUGUUCAAAGCCAUACUUCCCGCAGGCAAUAUUUUGCCGGGUGGUUCAUAUAAGGCAAAAAAGAUGUUGCACACAACGGACUUGCGUUAUGAAAAAAUUCAUGCUUGCCCUAAUGAUUGCAUAUUGUAUCGAGAUGAAUAUGAAUCUUUAAAGAAUUGUCCUAAGUGCGAUGUCUCGAGGUAUAAGAAACAAAAGGAAGGAAUUCCGGCUAAGGUUUUGUGGUACUUUCCAAUAAUAGCAAGGUUCAAAAGAAUGUAUUCAGAUGCAGGAGAUGCGGAGAAGUUAACAUGGCAUAAAUUUGGUCGGAAAAAAGAUGAUGGGUUACUAAGACACCCAGCUGACUCUCCGCAGUGGAAAUUUAUUGAUGGAAAAUUCGGUGAUUUUGGUAAAGAAGAACGAAACCUACGCCUUGGAUUGUCUACUGAUGGUAUGAAUCCAUAUGGUUCUCUCAGUAGCAUCCAUAGUACUUGGCCGGUCAUGUUGGUGACGUACAAUUUAUCUCCUUCCUUGUGUAUGAAAAGAAAGUAUAUUAUCUUGUCAAUGCUUAUUUCUGGGCCAAAACAACCGGGAAAUGACAUCGAUGUGUACUUGGCACCUCUUAUUGACGAUUUAAAGUUGUUGUGGGAAAAAGGUGUUCAAGUGUUCGAUGCUAGUCGGAAUGAAAUGUUCAAUUUAAGAGCCAUGUUGUUCUGCACUAUCCAAGAUUAUCCAGCGUAUGGUAAUCUUUCUGGUUAUACCGUGAAAGGGGAAUGUGCCUGUCCUAUAUGUGAAUAUGGUUUGAAGGGAAAGUGGUUACCAGCGUCGAAAAAACAUGUGUACUUUGAUCAUCGUCCAUUUCUUCCUCAUGAUCAUCAGUACCGCAAAUUGAAAAAGGCUUUUAAUGGGGAACAAAAUUUUGAAUGUCGCCCAAAAGUAUUUACUAGCCAAGAAGUGUUUGAAAAGGUAAAAGACAUUAAAAUUACAUUUGGCAAGUUGAACAAAAAUAAAGAUGCCCUUCCUAAACAGGGAUACAAAAAGUGUUCCGUUUUUUGGCGUCUUCCUUAUUGGAGAUUUUUAUUUGUGCGACAUUCUCUGGAUGUGAUGCAUAUCGAGAAAAAUGUGUUUGAUAGUCUGAUUGGCACAUUAUUGAAUAUUGAUAAGAAGACAAAAGACGGUCCUAAGGCUCGAGAUGAUUUGAAGGAAUGGAAUAUUUGA